GACGCGCUCGGUCCCAGAAUGCUGCCUGGUAAACAGACAUGGAAGCACCUGGUGAAGACCUCCACGGUCCCUGAGCACUGCACCGCCGCUCUGCGUUCCUCAGCCUGCCUCAUUGUCGAUCUCCUCGAACGGCUCACACUUCUGCUCGCUCUCGGAGCCUGGCUCGGAUCUCUGAGGUCCGGGACGUAGCGGUGAAGCAUGUCGGAAAGGGCCGAGGAGGGCGAGCCGCGGGCGGAGCAGCGCGCCAGAGCGCCGCCCAGACACCAGCAGCAGCGGACUGAAGGCGCGUCAGCAAUGGCGGCCAUCGGCGAGCGCGCGGCGUCUCUCCCGAGUCCGGAAGUCCUGCUGGGCCAGGCGUGGAGCUGCUGGGUGGACGCCGUGAAGCUGCACGCGACCGACGGUAUAGAACCAGAAGAAAGUUUUAAAGAGUGCGGGAGGAACCGAGAAGCCAUGCGACUGUGCAGAGACGAUAUGCCCAUUUUUGGGCAAUGUCCUGCACAGGACGACUUUUACCUGGUCAUGUGCAGCCAGUGCAGUCAGGUGGUCAAACCCCAGGCCUUCCAAGCACACUACGAGAGACGACACAGCUCCAUAAACAAGCCAGCGUCCUCCUACUCGUCCUCGGCUGCGCUUCCGGGUCUCCCCUCCCGGGCCAGAUCCGGAGGAGCGGGUGCAGGCGGCCCUGCCAGCGUCAUGCCCGUGGGUUCCUCCUCUUCCUCCUCCUCCGCCGGAGGGAGCAACAACACCCACACAGCCAAAGAGAAGCUGCCUCACCGGAAGCCUCACUUCCCCCCAAAGGUGCUGCACGAUGACAUUUUGACUCCAGCUGUCAAAGUAGAGAAGAUCCAUGUGAAGAUGGACUACGCCUCCUCCAAGCCUGGCCACACGCCUGCUUCUUCCUCAUCCUCUUCUUCCUGCAGUACUGUGAGCUCCUCGCCCUCAAAGCCAGGCCUUAAUAGCCAGUCUGUACCAAAGGCUCAUCAGCCGUCCCCCAGCCACAUCCCCAACGGAAAGGGCCACCUCUCUCCACUCUGCAAGAAGCAGGACAGCAGCACCAACGCCAGUAGCAAACGACCCACCAGGAAAGUGUUAGAACGCGAGUUCAAUCCUGAUGUCCAUUGUGGAGUGAUGGAUAUCGGAGCACGUAAGCCAUGCACAAGAUCCUUAACAUGCAAGACACAUUCCUUAAGCCAGAGAAGGGCGGUGCCUGGGAGGCGAAAGCGCUUUGACGUGUUGCUGGCGGAACACAAGAGCCGAGCCCGGGAGAAGGAGCUGCAGCAACAACAGCAUAGGACGGAGCCAUCACAGCAAACCCCACCCCCUCUCAGGGAGCCCCACCCACCCCCUCACUAUGGCAACCCGGCGGUCGCCACCACUGACGCAACCAAGUUCUUCCCCGUUAGCAAAGCCAAACCCCACAAUCCUGUGCUUCCACGCUGUAGCUCUCACGGUGGGCUGAGCAGUUUAGGGGAUGCCGCCGCGACCCCUGACCCGACCCUGCAUCCUCACUCGGCUCCCACGCCCGACGGUGCGGCUUGUCCCUCCAGUGACGAGGGCGAGAACGAGGAGAGAGAGGAGAGCGCGGACAAACUGGACUGCCACUAUUCAGGUUACCAUCCACGGCCAGCUGCCUUCUGCACUUUCGGAAGCCGACUGUUCGGGAGAAGCUGUUACUCGUUCAACCGGCGCUGGGAUCGAGUCCGGUAUGCGCUGGUGGCUAUGAUGGACAAACACGUCAACUCGCUGAUGUGGAAAAAAAUCCCACUUGCGUUGGAGAACUCCUCCUCUUCGGCAGUUACGUCAUCUCACCGGUCAAGCACAAACUCUCUGUCCUCUUCCUCGGGUUUUCUGAGCCCCUCCCCUCCUCCGCCUUACAGCCAAUCACAUGACAGCAAGCCCACACUGUCGUACGGGACCACCCUAAAUGCCCGUGUCACGUCACAGAGGGCCGGAGAGCAGCUCGCUUACAGCGGCGGCGGCGGCUCCUCGUCCAGACAAGUGUCCUCAUCCUCACCCCAGAUGCCUUCAGCACACUCGUCCUCGCUGCCCUCCACGCCUGGCUCAAACAAAUCCAUCAAAUCUCGCUCCGGACCCAAGCACUUCUGGGUUAAGGAGCCCCCUGCAGCUACGCUAGCUAGCUCCAGCGCUAACAGCAGCAGCAGCAGUGACAGCGGUGGUGUGAGCGUGAGUAGUAACAGCAGCGCGAUCAGCCUCGGCUCAACAAAGAAGCGCAAGAACAGCUCUUUGCCGAAAUACGGCGCUGAAUCCUCCCCUUCUUCCUCUUUGAAAAAGAACUGCAUGGUGAACUCAGGCACCUCAGGGAGCAGCUUUCACUCCUCGCUAACCUCCACGCCGUCAUCUGUGGCUUUUUCAUCAUCGUCGUCCUCUUCUUCACACGGUCCGGGUAUGAAUUGCCCGCCUGGCCGCGGCAAUUCGAUGAACGCGCGACAGGAAGCAGCCGAGCCCAUCAAGCGCAUGAGCGUGAUGAUGAACAGCAGCGACUCGACACUCUCACUCGGCCCGUUUGUGAACAACCCAGACGGGAGAACCGACACAAAGAGGAGGAAGAGCUCACAGGCCACCAGCAGCCUCACUGGCACAGCUACCUGCACAGCAUCUGCAGGGGGAGUUGGAGGGGCGCAGGGGCCUGGUAGGCCCAAAAUGGCCAAGUCCCCAGCCAUCAACAACAUUCAUGGCAAACACGCGCGGCCCAUGCCGGGACCGCCGGGGCUUCCCAACAACUCACUGUUACAUCAGCCAAAGGCCCGUCCCUGACACAGGUGGGCCGGCUCUGGGGGUGCGAAGCGGUGGAGCGGAGCUCCCUUAGCGCCCGUCACAGCACACUGCACGAGGCCUUCUUCUUGUUCUAUUACUACUACUACUACUUCUUCUUCUCUUACUCUCAGCUUCCCACAAUCCUCAGGGUGGAGAGCGCAUUGGGCUGCUCAGUGAUGGCGCGCUGUUUCUCCUGGCCACCAGGGGGCAUCAGACAGGUGGAAAAUGCACCAAGAGAGGGGCACAUCUGUCGUGUGUGUGUGUGUGUGUGUGUGAGAGAUGGCAGUGAGCCCAGUGACGGACAGCAUGUGAUGCAGAGGUACACACAGUUAAGGGCUGGUACAGGACCAUGCCUACACUACGACAUAACGUCAGACGGACUUCACAGGCUUCAUUAGCGAAAGGAACAUUUCUGUUGACGUGUGUGUGUGUGUUUUCAUGUGGGUGAUACCGGAAUACUGGAAAUGAAAUUCCCUGUGAAUUGUGAGUGAGGGUGGUGCACAGGAACAGGACGGAAUAAUGGGAGUCUCAAAGAAAAGGAAAAAAAAAAGUUGGUUAUACAAUAACACAAUUCGGCACAUUUUAGAGGAAAAUAAGGAAAA